AUGAACUCUAGUCUUGCAAACACCACAAUGAAAGGCAAGGAUCAAAUGAAAAGCUCUCAUUCUUGCAUUCCUUCAGCAUCAUCCCAACUUCUGCAGAAGUGUUGCAUUAGAGGAAAUCAGAAAGGGAAACAUGACUGUGAUUUACCAUGCAGUUUUAGUUCUGAAUCUCAUGUCCUAUCGACGGUAAAAAUAUUUGAAAUGGCACAAGCACAAUUACUUCACCAUAUGUCGAAGAAAGAGGACGAUCCCUCCAUUGCUUCUCAACCCCUUAAUUCACAUAGUGAUCUGUCUCUUGAAGUUUCAGAUGAUUUGCAGCUUGCUCUUCUACUUCAAGCUUCUGCUGAAAUGUUUUCCAAGAGACACUACGAACGUGCAAUGGAGUUACUAAGCUUGUGUAAUCUGUCUGCUUCUCUUACAGGUACUCCGGUUCAAAGAGUUGUGUACUACUAUAGUGAAGCUCUUCGAGAGAGAAUCGAUAAGGAGACAAAAUCAAUAACAGGAUUACAACUAGAUAGACUUGUAGAUUUUGAAGUGAAACCAGCUGGCGUUGAAGAACUUUUCUUGUGUUCAAAGCCUCAUGUAAUUGUGUGUUAUCGUGCACUUCCUUUUUACCAAGUCGCACAAUUUGCUUGUAUUCAAGCCAUUUUGGAUAAUGUUAAGUCAGAAAAACGACUUCAUUUGAUUGAUUUUGGAAUUAGAAGUGGAUCUCACUGGACAAUCCUUAUGCAAGCUCUUGCGAAUCGAGGUGAUUGUCCACUUGAGCUUCUCAAGAUAACCGCUAUUGGAACAUCUAAACAAGUGGUUGAUGAAACAGGGAAAAGAUUGUCAUCUUUUGCUGCUGAAAACAUGAAAUUUUCCUUCUUCUUUAAGGCAGUGGUGUCAGAAAUGAAGGACCUCAGUAAAGAUCUCUUUGAGUUAGAUACUAAUGAAGUUGUGGUAGUUUACUCAGAGUAUAUUCUUGGGGGUAUGUUAGCAUGGCCUAAUCACCUUGAAGUUGUUCUAAGAUUCAUUAAAAACCUCAAUCCUUGUGUGAUAGUGGUCAUCGAAACUGAGGCAAAUACUAACGAGCCAAUUUUUAUGGAUCGAUUUAAUGGAUCAGUGUUUCUGUAUGCUGCACUCUUUGAUUGUUUGGAGGCUUUCAUGGAACGAGACAAUCAGCAUAGGAUGGAAUUUGAAAGACUUGUUCUUAGAGAAGUCAUUCACAAUGUGAUCACUUGUGAAGGAGAAGGAAGGAUCUUCCGCAACGUAAGGCUGGAAGUAUGGAGGGCUGUGUUUGAAAAGUUUGGUAUUAAGGAAACAGAAUUGAGCGAAUCAUCCUUGUAUCAGGCAAAUCUAAUGGCCGAUAGGUCUGCUCAUGGUUUUUGCACUCUGGAUAUGGAUGGAAAUUGCCUUACUAUUAAAUGGAACGGAACUCCAAUAGUAUUUGCUUCUGCUUGGAAGUUUGUCCAUGAUUGA